UACUACAAAGUUUAAACUUUGAACAGAUCAAAAUCGAUUACAGUAGUUACUAAAACCUAGGGUCACAUAAUUCUUGCAAUCUGAAAAAACAAACCCCCAUCAUUACCUUAAACCCGACCACACCAAAAACAACGUCGAUUUUGUUGUCUUGUUUUUCGAUUAUUGUUUUUCAUUUUUCACUGCAUGGUUCUAAUUUUGGGGGUGAAAUCGGUGAUUGAUUGAUUGAUUGAUUGAGAGUGGAAUGCUGAGAAGGAGGUUGAUUUCGUUGGUAUUCUUGAGGAAACUGUUAACUGCAGCUAUAUGUUUGAUAGCUGUUGUGGCUUUAUUCUCUGUUCAUUUUCAUAUUGUUCCUUCCUCUAAGGAUCAUAAGUUCAAUGACAAGAUAACCACGACUCGGGACUUACAAAGCUGGACACGGGAGCUAGCUCCACCCCAUUUAUCCAAAGCAGCACUUCAAACUCCCAAGUUGAAUGGUUCCAGACGGGAUUCAGAUUACGAGAAGCUGUGGAAGCCUCCAUCGAAUCGAGGGUUUCUUCCCUGUGCAAAUCCUACUCCUAAUUACACUUCUCCCGUUGAGUCACGAGGAUAUCUUUUAGUUCAUACAAAUGGUGGGCUCAACCAAAUGCGUUCCGGGAUAUGUGAUAUGGUAGCUGUAGCUCGUAUCCUAAAUGCUACUCUUGUAAUUCCAGAACUCGAUAAAAGAUCCUUUUGGCAAGAUACAAGCAACUUCUCUGAUAUUUUUGAUGAAGAUCAUUUUAUUAAUUCUCUAGCUAACGAUGUCAAAAUAAUUAAGAAGCUUCCCAAUGAACUGGUUAAUGAAACCAGAAAGGUUAAGCAAUUCAUAAGCUGGUCUGGCAUGGAUUACUAUGAGAAUGAGAUUGCGAAGUUGUGGGAUGAUUACCAAGUUAUUCGUGCUUCCAAAUCGGAUUCACGGCUAGCAAACAACAAUCUACCUCCAGACAUUCAGAAGCUUCGCUGCCGAGCCUGUUACGAAGCUCUUCGUUUCUCUCCUCGCAUUGAACAAAUAGGAAAAUUGUUAGUCGAGAAAAUGAGGUCAUUGGGUCCUUAUAUUGCAUUGCAUUUACGCUACGAGAAGGAUAUGCUUGCAUUUAGUGGGUGCACACAUGAUUUAUCUCUAGACGAAGCUGAAGAGCUACGGAUUAUCAGGGAGAACACUUCGUAUUGGAAAGUAAAGGAUAUUGACCCCAUUGAACAGAGAGCCAAAGGGUUUUGCCCCUUAACUCCAAAGGAAGUUGGAAUUUUUCUUACAGCUCUUGGAUAUCCAUCGAAGACUCCGAUAUACAUUGCUGCUGGAGAGAUAUAUGGGGGUGAGUCUCAUAUGGCUGAACUGCGAUUCCGUUAUCCAUUGUUAAUGAGCAAGGAAAAGUUGGCAUCUUUUGAGGAGCUUGAACCCUUUUUUAAUCAUGCAUCUCAAAUGGCGGCUCUUGACUAUAUUGUAUCUAUUGAAAGUGAUGUAUUUAUACCUUCUUAUUCUGGAAACAUGGCAAGGGCUGUUGAAGGUCAUCGCCGAUUCCUUGGGCGUGGAAGAUCAAUAUCUCCAGAUAGGAAAGCCCUUGUUCGACUCUUCGAUAAACUGGACCAAGGAACAAUGACCGAGGGGAAAAAGCUGUCGUAUAGGAUUAUUGAUCUCCACAGAAGACGGCUUGGUUUCCCGAGAAAGAGAAAAGGGCCAAUAUCGGGAACAAAGGGAAUGGACAGGUUUCGCUCGGAAGAAACCUUUUAUGCUAAUCCUUUACCUGAUUGCUUAUGUCGGACAGAACCAUCACCCCAAAACAUCUCUCACAUUGUCAAGUAAAUCAGAUAUUACACAACUUUUUCAUUGGAAAAAUAAUUAUUACAAAGGCGCAACACUUGUGUAAUUUAUCAAAAAGAGGUUUAGAGGCUUAUGUGUGCGCGCAGCUGGAAGAUGUGGUCGAUGAGUGUAUAUAUCGGUAUCGAUUCUGCGGGGCGCGAUUAAUUUUGGAAAAAAUAAAAGGAAAAGAAAAUCCAUAUUCAGUUAUUGGUAUGCACACUUAUUUAGUUGUGUUAUAGGAUGAGAACUUCAUGAAGGGAUGAUGGUGCUUUGAGAUGACUGGAUUCAUUCAUUUAUUCUAAUUGGCUUGUUUAUAGAGGGGUAAAGGCUUUGGGAUGUAGCCACUUAAUGAGAAAUCCUAAGUAGUUUCACUUAAUGUAAAUUCUCAAGUAUUUAUUUUAUUUAAGUGAUUUCAGUAUUUUAACUUUCUUGAUCAAGUGUUGGUAUAUUAGUUUUUAGAGAACAGAUGUUACUUUUUGAAUUA